CCCCAAUGACCACAUUCACAAGCAUACACCCUACAGCAACAGUUUGGUCUGUCAUCAUUUUGUAAUGAAAAAAUGUGUGCCAAAUACGUUAAUGGGCCGUAUGGGGACAGCACAACAUUCACCACAAACCUUCAUUGACUGUCACACAGUCACUCUAAUAAUUUGUAUGGAAGGCUAAUCAGGAGAGAAACGAGUACAACAUGUACUCGACAACUUUCAGCUUGUUGGUUUUAGGUCUUUGCUGCUUUGAGAUGAAACAAGCAACCAUCAAAUCAUCUUACAUUGGUCCGUAAUUACAUUUUUAUUCUGAAUAUCCAACAGUGAGAUUCAUUAUACAACAUAUCUAUACAUGGUCCACCACUCAUCAAUUCAAACUCCAAGACUGUGUAAAAAAUAUUUGGCAUGGUGUGAUGGCGAUGGAAUCAGUCAUUGAAGUGAAUCAGGGAGAGGGUCAGCUGACAUCGUCUCUCCUGUCCUCCAGUGAAAACAGCCAUCAGCUUUCUCCAGAGACCGGAGAUCUUGACAGGGCAUCUAGUUUGACUCGUGUCUGCAGUAGGGAGCCUUCAGAGUCUGAUCCUCUGCUUUCCACUGCUUUUUACGGGGCAACAGUGAACAUAUCACAAGAUGAGCCACACAAUAUCCAGGAGAUGCCCAGUGAGUCAAUCAGGGCCAUGGUUUUACAGAUUUUGUUUCCAUUCCUGCUUGCGGGUUUUGGAACGGUGCUGGCUGGGAUGUUGCUGGACGUAGUGCAGCACUGGGAUGUUUUCCGUAACGUGACUGAGAUCUUCAUUCUUGUCCCACCUCUGCUGGGCCUAAAGGGAAACCUGGAGAUGACGCUGGCUUCAAGACUUUCCACUGCUGUGAAUGUUGGCAGAAUGAACUGUUCAAGGGAGAAGUGGAACCUGAUCAAAGGAAAUCUUGCCCUCAAACAGGUACAAGCAACUGUUCUGGGCUUCCUGGCUGCUCUUGUGGCUUCGUUUCUUGAAUGGAUCCUGAAAGCUGAGCUGAUUACAAACCAUGUAGCUCUGCUUUGCGGUUGUAGCGUGGUGACGGCAUUCACAGCAUCCCUGCUGCAGGGCAUCUUAAUGGUUGGUGUGAUUAUUGGAUCCAAGAAGGUGGGUAUCAACCCUGAUAACAUAGCCACGCCCAUCGCUGCCAGUUUUGGUGACCUCAUCACACUUGGACUCCUGGCUGUCAUCAGUCAGGGCUUGUAUUACUGCAUGGAACCUUACCCUUAUAUCACCUACCUGGUAUGCCUUUUUUUCCUGUGCCUUACGCCGAUGUGGGUGAUUCUUUCAUUUCACCACCCCGAAAGCCAAAAGUUGCUGUUUUCUGGCUGGGAGCCAGUAAUAACCGCAAUGGUGAUCAGCAGCCUUGGAGGAUUAAUUCUGGACCGAACAAUCACAAAUCCAAAGCUCGAUGGUCUUGUUCUAUACACUCCUGUUAUAAAUGGUGUUGGUGGUAACCUGGUUUCCAUCCAGGCCAGUCGUAUAGCCACAUAUCUUCAUUUCCAGUGUCCCCUGGGCGAGCUUCCAGAAGACACUAAAGGAUGCUACUGCCCCUGCCGCUACUUUUGCUCCAAAGGGCCGAAUGGAAGAUCAGCCCAGGUGCUGCUCACAUUGGUCGCUCCAGGUCAUCUGGUCUUCAUCUACACAAUUUACAUAAUACAAGGCUCCCAAUCUCCACCCACUGCUGUCUUCAUUUUCUUCUACAUCAUUGCUGCAUUUACACAGGUGCUUCUCCUGAUGAGCAUCGCUGAUGUGAUGGUUCAUUGUUUGUGGAGGUACGGCAGGGAUCCCGAUAGCUUCUCCAUCCCAUAUCUGACGGCUUUGGGGGAUCUUUUGGGCACUGCUUUACUUGCACUGUGUUUUUUUCUAAAGUCACUGGUGACGUAAUUUA